GAUGUUGGCUUGUGCUUGUCAUACCUCUUGUAUGCUGACGUAGUGGGAAACGAGAAGAACCUUUACAUCAGAGGCGUCAGUGUCAGACCUUGAAUAUGCUGAUAAUAUGGCAUUGAUCUCUGAUUCUUAUGAAAGUCUCUAUACCUUGCUGAAAUUAUUUUAUGGAUUUCACUAGCUUGCAUGCUCUCACUAACAUUCUCAAAGAUUCUGGCAUAGAAGUUGAAGUGGGAAGAUUGAUUGUUGAUCUGCACGAUAGUACAGAUUGUGUUGUACGAAAUAGGGGGAAACGGACAUAAUUAUGCAUGAGACACUGGACAAGGUUAAGGGUGGUGGCAUUGAGAUUGCUUACAGAACAGAUGGUGACCUAUUCAUGAACUAUCGAGUAAAACCUGAAGAGACACAUAAGAUCAAAGCUCCCAUGUAUGCUGAUGAUUUGGCUAUAGGUACAUCAAAUAGUGAGUUGCAACAGAUGGUGAAUGCUUUCCAUGAUGCUUGUAUGAAAUGGGGUACAAGGAUCGACAUUGAAAAAACUAAAAUCCAAAGCAUUGGUACUAAAGAAGUAAACAUCUUGAUAGCUGGUCAUGUUCUGGAGAAUGUUUCUGAAUUUUGCUAUUUGGGCAGCAUUGUGACUCAGUUUGGGGAUUGUAACGCAGAGGUUGUUGAAUGUAUUCAGAAAGCUAGCAGGACAUUUUUUCUUGGAAGAGUAGAGUUUUGACAAAUCGAGGAUUUAGCAUGAAUACAAAACUGCGAGUUUUUAAACACAGGUCACUAGUGAUGCCAGUUGUAUAUGGUUGUGAGACUUGGGCAAUCACUCAAGUAGAUAUCCGAAGACUGACUACUUUUCAUAUGCGCUGUAGUAGAUCUAUCUUGGAUGUAGCAAGGCCAAACAAGAUAAGAAAAACCAUCAACUCGAAAUCUGCCAAGGGAAAACCAAUUGAAUGUCGAAUUCAACAGUAAAGACUGAAACUUCUGCAAUG